AUGCAAACGCUUUUUAACACUCUUACUAAACCGAUAUCCGAGCGGAAGAAAUUCGACAUAGUGUACCGUAAUAUGCGCGCCGAUUAUAAAGGACACGUGAUCUCGAAGGAUAUCGACAAUCUCGCGGAUCUCAAACAUUUCGGUAGGCGCCUAGAUGCAACGUAUUGGUAUAAAUUCCAAACACCCGCGAACGAUAGCAACCCCCGCGGUAAAGCUGCCCAAGUGAACGAGGUUUACACCGGGACUAAGCCUAAAUCGAAUCGUAAAAUAGAAUAUGAACCGCAGAAAACACGUCAUUACUUCAACUCGAAUUUACAAACGCGUAGUUCGGAUGAAAAGGUUAAAAAAAGCGGAAAUAACAAUAUACUGAAAUCAAACCAAUCCGGAUGGGAAACUUUGCUUAACAACUACCAGCCUCCCAAAGAGGGGUACUGUUUCAACUGCAGACUUAAAGGGCAUCAUGCCCGAGAUUGCGAAAGACCGAAACAUAAAUACUGCACCAGAUGUGGGUUUCACAAUGUGGAAACCACCACAUGCCCGUUCUGUGGAAAAAACGCCAUCAAGACUGUCCCCGAGGGCCGACAAGUCGAGCAUUAUUUUGAUACCAGUUAUGAGAUGAAUGAAAUUAUAAUCCACCCCGAAAAUGGUCAGAGGCCUUUCGUAGAAGUAUCCGUUUACGGAAACUCCCUAGUGGGUCUUCUUGAUAGUGGUGCUCAUUUAAGUAUACUGGGAAUUGGGGCACUGAAAUUGCUUGAAAAGUGUGAUUUACGUUUAUUUCCAUCAGAAGUGUCCUUAAAAACUGCCAAUGGUCAGGAAUUGGAAGUUAAAGGAACAGUGUACCUUCCAGUCACGUUUAAUGAAGAGACUAAGGUCAUUGAAACCUUAGUGGUCCCGUCGCUAAAAAGAAAAAUUUUAUUAGGAAUUAAUUUUUGGAAUAGUUUCCACAUUACCCCUACUAUUCAGAAAGCCAGAAUCGAAAGCAUCGAAGUGCACGAAGACGUAGAACCAGCAGAUCGACUGGCUAUGGAACACGAGGAGACUCUACUUAACGACGUACAAAAACUACAUCUCGAGAAAGUUAAAAAGAAAUUUAAAAUUGCAGGGGAAGAUACCUUAGAUACUACGGAUUGGGUCAGUCAUCGGAUUGAACUAACGGAGGAAGCCAAGAAACUUUCACCGGCUCGUAUAAAUCCAUUUCCAACUUCCCCGUCUAGGCAGCAACAAAUCAACGCUGAGCUAGACCGGAUGUUAAAGUCCAACAUAAUUGAAAAGUCAUAUAGUGACUGGGCACUGCGUCUUGUUCCCGUAGAUAAAUCGGAUGGACGAGGCCUCUAUCAAUUUACUAGAAUGCCCUUUGGGCUGGUAAAUAGUCCGGCUACACUGUCGCGUUUAAUGGAUAGAGUGCUCGGCGGUGGGGAAUUGGAACCUAAGGUAUUUGUAUAUCUGGAUGAUAUAAUUAUCGUCAGUGACACGUUCGAGGAACAUUUGGCGCUGCUUGAAGAGGUAGCCGCCCGACUCAGAGCAGCCAAUCUAUCAAUUAAUAUAUCUAAAUCACGUUUCUGUGUGACGGAAGUACCUUACCUUGGAUAUAUUUUGGGGCGUGGAGGUCUUCGACCAAAUCCAGAUCGUGUGUCUGCCAUCGUCAAUUAUGAGCGACCAGAAUCGCUUCGUGCGUUAAGAAGGUUUCUAGGGAUGUGUAACUACUAUAGGAGAUUUCUGGCUAACUAUAGUGAAGUUACACAACCCCUAACGGACUUACUUCGGAAUAAGCCUAAAAGAGUUCACUGGAACGAACAGGCAGAAGCAUCCUUCAUCAGCGUUAAAAAUCACCUGAUAAGCGCUCCCAUACUUACCAACCCCAAUUUUGCACUACCUUUUGCGAUCCAUUGCGAUGCCAGCUCUAAAAUCUAUAGAGAAAUUUAG